AUGAUAUCCUUACGAUAUCAGCAAAACUUUACUGCAUAUGUUCUUUUUCUCAUUUGUAUAUCUAUCUAUCUAUCUAUCUAUCUAUCUAUCUAUCUAUAUAUUCAUUAUUCUUUUUUCUUUCUCUAUCCUGGUGUAACUUUUCCUUUCUUGACUUUACACUUAACACUAAUCUAUCUUUCUUUCUUUCUUUCUUUCUUUCUUUCUUUCUUUCUUUCUUUCUUUCUUUCUCAUUUUGCUUCAUUCCGUUCCACUUUCUUAAUGAUUUAUCAUUUCAUUAUUUUUCCCAUUCUCCUUCGUAUUUUUCACCUCGAAGCGUUUUACAUUUUUACUGUCCAUCUUUCAAUCAUUUUCCUUAUGCAUUCUUCUUUUCAUUUCUUCAUUGAUUUCGUUUUAUUCAUCUUUUUCUAUUUGAAUUUUUCUUUCUUACUUCUCCAUUCUUUCAUGUUUAUCUCCCAUUCCUUUCGUUCUUUUUCUGCACUUCUUUUUUCUUUCUUUUUCAAUCUUACCGGCAUUUCUUUGUUUUCAUUUUUCAAUCUUUUUCUUUUCUCCUUUCUUUCUUUUUUGUCUUUCCUUUUUCUUUCUUUCUUUCUUCUUAAGAUUUUCCUUUCUUUCGUUAACUAUUUUUUCUGCUUUUCUAUAUUUAUUUCAUUCCUUUAUUUCUUUCUUUUCAAUUUAAUUAUUUUCAUUCUUUAUUUUAAUAGUGUUAUUUUUUCUUAUUUCUUUUCUUUCGUCCUUUCGUUCCUUCUUUCGUUUCAUUUUUUCUUUCUUUUUUUAAUUUUUUCUUUCUGUCUUUCGUUAUUUCGUUUCUUGUUACUUUUUUUCUUUCUUUCUUUCUUUUUUUAUUUGUUUUCCUCCUUUAUUUUUUAUUUUUUUCUUAUUUCUUUUGUAUGUUUUGUUUUCUGUCUUUUGUUCUUUUGUUUGUUCCUUUCUUUCUUUCUGUCUUUCGAUUUCAUCCUUGCUAUUUUAUUUCCUUCCAUUUUCUUUCUUUCUUUCUUUCUUUCUUUCUUUCUUUCUUUCUUUCUUUCUUAUCCUAUCUAUUCAGCUUAUACGCCAUAA